UCUUGAUCAUAGCCGAGUGGCAUCAAACUUUCGAAGCACAAACAUACGGAAAUUCAUAGCUCACAACGUAGCCGGCUACGCAUCCAAUCACAUCCAGACAGAAAAAGAUCGUGACAUCUCCACUCAAACACACCACAAUCACAGACGCCUAAUCACUUUGUCUACACGCACACACUAAAAUCUUCUACUUGUGAGAGUUCAAUUCAGAACCAAGAGAUGGGGCUGGAAGGAGAGGAUGCGCAGCGGACUGAGGAUGUGGUGGUUGUAAAGCCGAACCCCAGUAAAGGGCUCACUUCCAAGGCCAUAGACUGGUUGGAAUGGCUGUUUGUGAAAAUGAUGCAUGACUCCAAACAGCCUCUCCAUUAUCUUUCUGGGAAUUUUGCUCCAGCUGAUGAGACUCCUCCUCUUAAGGACCUUCCUGUUAUAGGGCACCUCCCUGAGUGUCUAAAUGGUGAAUUUGUGAGGGUUGGUCCUAACCCCAAGUUUGCUUCAAUUGCUGGUUAUCAUUGGUUUGAUGGAGAUGGAAUGAUUCAUGGUAUGCGGAUAAAAGAUGGGAAAGCAACAUAUGUCUCGCGUUAUGUGCAGACAUCUCGCCUUAAACAAGAAGAGUUUUUUGGCAGAGCUAUGUUUAUGAAGAUUGGAGACCUGAAAGGGAUGUUUGGAUUGCUCAUGGUUAGCAUGCAAAUGCUCAGAGCAAAACUGAAAGUAUUAGAUAUGUCCUAUGGAUUUGGUACAGCUAAUACCGCUCUAGUAUAUCAUCAUGGAAAGCUUUUGGCACUUAGUGAAGCAGACAAACCAUAUGCCAUUAAAGUUUUGGAAGAUGGAGAUCUGCAAACUAUUGGCUUGCUGGACUAUGAUAAAAGACUGGCACAUUCUUUUACUGCUCAUCCUAAGGUUGACCCAUUCACCGGAGAGAUGUUUACCUUUGGCUAUUCACACACACCACCAUAUGUCACAUACAGAGUUAUAUCGAGGGAUGGAGCAAUGAAUGAUCCAGUUCCAAUAACAGUAUCAGGCCCAAUCAUGAUGCAUGAUUUUGCAAUUACUGAAAAUUACGCAAUUUUUUUGGACCUCCCUUUAUACUUUAAGCCAAAGGAAAUGGUGAAGGAAAAAAAGUUUAUUUUCAGUUUUGAUGCUACCCAGAAAGCUCGUUUUGGCAUCCUUCCUCGGUAUGCAAAGAAUGAGCUACUAAUCAAAUGGUUUGAGCUUCCAAAUUGCUUCAUAUUCCAUAAUGCAAAUGCUUGGGAGGAAGGAGAUGAAGUUGUUCUGAUCACUUGUCGCCUUGAGAAUCCAGAUCUUGACAUGGUUAACAGCACUGUUAAAGAAAGGCUCGAUAAUUUCAAAAACGAACUGUAUGAGAUGAGGUUCAACCUCAAAAAUGGUCUGGCUUCACAGAAAAGAUUAUCUGUAUCCGCUGUAGAUUUUCCGAGGGUGAACGAAAGUUAUACUACUAGGAAACAGCAAUAUGUAUAUGGAACAACACUGGACAAGAUUGCUAAGGUAACUGGGAUUAUCAAGUUUGAUUUGCAUGCGGAACCAGAGACCGGAAAAGAAAAGCUAGAAGUUGGAGGAAAUGUUAAAGGUAUCUUUGAUCUAGGACCUGGAAGAUUUGGUUCUGAGGCUGUAUUUGUUCCUCGACAUCCUGGUAACACAUCUGAAGAAGACGAUGGCUACUUGAUUUUCUUUGUACAUGAUGAGAACACUGGAAAGUCAGCAGUGAAUGUAAUUGAUGCGAAAACGAUGUCACCUGAUCCUGUUGCUGUUGUCGAACUGCCCAAGAGAGUUCCGUACGGAUUUCAUGCCUUCUUCGUGACAGAGGACCAACUUCAAGAACAGGCAAAGCUCUGAUAAGCAACAAGUUCUUGUGAGCUACAGCUGAUUGCUAUUACCGAACUGUCGUGUUUAUGCCUAAAAAACAAUGUGGGUGCUCGGUACUGUAUUACAAGAACGAACAACUACUCUUGUACUUUGGUUGUAUCACAUUAAAGUAUGUAUUACAAAUUGAACUUGAAUUAACAACAUUAAAGUUUCCAUUUUAAAUUAUAUGGUUCUUUAUUUUA